CAUCUGGUCCCUGCAUGGUCGUCUUCAACCUCACCAUCCCAAAACAUUACACCUAAGCGCACGUUAGCCCAGACCACCAACACCUGCCGCACACUGGCACUGCCAAAUCAAAUCCCUAAUGCGAAUCCCCAAAUCAAUUUCUCUCUAACUACCACUCAUCCCUCGAGCUUGCUGAUUAAACAAGCAAGCUCUUACACUUUCCACUUCCGAUUCCAAUUCUCGCCACCACAGAACCACAAUGAUGGGUUCCGAGAACCAGAGCUUACAGGAACACCCUCUCUCUGCAUCAAGAGAAGAAAUGGAAAACCUCGUUCUCCACGACGAUGAUCCUUUGAGCACCAAAUCGUACUCCAAUUACCGCAGCGCCAUGUCCACGCUCUCCGAAUCUCACCACCCUCUCUCGCCGUCGAUCGUCGCUACCCCCGCCGAGUCCGAUCCUCUCCUGUUUCCGACGCAGCAUUAUCGCGAUUCACCAAACCCUAACUCCUCCGACACUUCCUCUUACAUCGACCCUCCCUCUUAUGCUGACGCCGUUUUCACCCCCUUUGAUGGCGAAACUAACGGUGUCGAUAGCCCUACACGCAGUUCCGAUGGACUCUCCUUUUCUCUCUCGCGAUCUUCGUCUUCUAGUUCGGAGUAUUUGAAGAUAACCGUUUCGAACCCCGUCAAGGAGCAAGAAAACUCGAAUUCGAUUGUUCCCGGUAGCAAUAGCUACGUCACCUAUUUGAUUACCUCGAGAACGAACAUCGCAGAGUUCGGAGGUUCCGAAUUCAGCGUUCGGAGAAGGUUUCGUGACAUUGUGACGCUUUCUGAUCGAUUGGCGGAGGCGUAUCGAGGGUUUUUCAUUCCGCCGAGGCCGGAUAAGAGCAUAGUGGAGAGCCAGGUGAUGCAGAAGCAGGAAUUUGUGGAGCAGAGGAGGGUGGCGUUGGAGAAGUAUCUGCGACGAUUGGCGGCGCAUCCGGUGAUCAAGAAGAGUGAUGAGUUGAGGGUGUUUUUGCAGGUUCAGGGGAGGCUUCCGCUGCCGGCGACUACCGACGUGGCGUCCAGGGUGUUGGACGGCGCAGCGAAGCUUCCCAAACAGUUGAUGGGGGAGAGUGUGAUUGCUCCGCACGAGGUUGUGCAGCCGGCGAAAGGGGGAAGGGAUUUGAUGAGGUUGUUCAAGGAGUUGAAGCAGUCUAUGGCCAAUGACUGGGGAGGUUCCAAGCCUGCAGUUGUGGAGGAAGACAAGGAGUUCAUGGAAAAGAAGGAAAGAAUUCAUGAGCUUGAACAGCAAAUCAAUAGUGCUUCUCAGCAGGCCGAAUCCCUUGUCAAAGCACAGCAAGAUAUGGGAGAGACAAUGGGUGAAUUAGGUCUGGCAUUUAUUAAAUUGACAAAAUUUGAGAAUGAGGAGGCUGUCUUGAAUUCUCAGAGGGUACGAGCUGCCGAAAUGAAAGGUGUAGCGACGGCAGCUGUUAAAGCUAGCAGAUUAUUUCGAGAAUUAAAUGCUCAGACUGUGAAGCAUUUGCAGGAUACACUUCAUGAAUAUCUUGGAUUAAUGCUAGCUGUUCAUAGUGCAUUCUCGGAUCGCUCAAGUGCACUGUUGACAGUGCAGACUCUUCUAUCAGAAUUAUCUUCUUUGCAGUCAAGAGCUGAAAAACUUGAAGCGGCAUCAUCUAAAAUUUUUGGGGCUGACAAAUCGAGGACUCGUAAGUUGGAGGAGUUACAAGAAACCAUAAGAGUCACUGAAGAUGCCAAGAAUGUUGCAAUUAGAGAAUAUGAGCGGAUCAAGGAAAACAAUAGGAGUGAACUUGAAAGGCUUGAUAAAGAAAGGCAGGAUGACUUCUUAAACAUGUUGAAAGGAUUUGUAGUUAAUCAGGGAGAGGGAUGCAUGAUGAAAGGGAAAAUAAGAGUUGGGUAUGCUGAGAAAAUAGCAAAUGUUUGGACAAAAGUUGUUGAAGAGACCCGCGGGUAUGUGAAUGAAAGCACUUGAUCUAUGGCUGUAAAUUUAAAUCUUCAUAUUUUUUCAUUGAUGUGCCACUCUCGGGAAUAUGUCUGUAGUUCUGACAAUAAACUAACGAAACCACUUUGUGGGGUUCUUAAGCUCUUUCUCAAACUUGUACCUCUGAGAACAUUUCUUAUACAUCAUUGAAAGCAUACUUGCUGUUGUACAU